UGGUGGAUUCGUGGUGCUGAUGAUGUUGUACUACGAGAAGCAGUACAAUUUCUCUCUCUGAUCCGCGUCUCUGAUUUUCAUGCAUGCAAAGGGACAGAGGCGAGGGGUAUCAAUCAGGUCGUACAAGUAUCCGCAGCAGCAGCAGGCCAGUGUGAUUUCACUGCCACUCUGUUCCCUCCUCUCUCUCCUCAGCACGGGCUCCUCUCUCCUCCCUCGGCUUCCUCCUCCCCUCUCCCCUCCUCUCGCCUCGCACGACGCCAUUGCGGAGUGCGUGAGAGAGAGAGGCAGAGGUAAAGCGACGACGAGGAGGAAGAGAGAGACAGACUGAGACAGAGAAAGCCAAAGCGCGAAAGAGAGAGCGAGAGAAAAAAAAAGGAAAGUUAUCGGGCGAGGACGGCGUGAUCUUUUGGACGCCGGGGCGGGAGGGCGGCGACAAGCGAGGGCGUCGUGUGGCUUCGCCGGAUGGCGACGGAUUUGUGACGUUUUUGCCCGCGCUCUUCUUGACCCCCCCGCACCCCCGGUUUCAGGAGGUUGUGUACGUCCGCGGCUGGGCGGGCGGGCCGGCGAUGCUGCGGAGGAUGGUGUCCGACCCGGUCCCGGACUCCUCUGGCUCCGGCGGGGCCGGGGGCGGGGGCGGGGGCGGCGACGCCCGGCCCCGCGUCGGCGUUGGCAGCGGCGCCGCGCUCUUCGCCGUGCCGCGCCUCUUCGUCGGGUUCGCCGCCAAGCGCGUAGCGCCCGACGCGGAGUCGUCGAGGAGCCCGACGUCGCCGCUGGACCCCAAGGCGCUGCUGCUCCGGUCGCCGCGCUCGCCGCGGAUGACGUGGGGCGCGCCGGGCCUCGUCGACGCCCUCGCCGCCGACACCGCCGUCGCCGCCAACUGCCUGCUCAGCCCGCGCCUGCGCCUCGUCAGGCCGCACACCUCCCCGCCCAAGGACUGCGGCGGCGGGCACUCGCAGCCGGAGCUCGGCAAGACGAUGUCCUGCCCCGCCCCGGACACCACCGCGGCCGCGGCCGGCGGCGGCGGCAUGUCGGUGCCGUGCAGCAGGUUCCAGUUCCACCGCCACCACGGGGAUCUGAAGUCUGGUCCUGAGACCACUCGGUCGGAGUCGGAAACAGCCGCCGGCGCUCACCUCGUCAUCAGCAACGCCAGCAAGCGCCACUCGUUCGACCUCGGCAAGCUCCCGGGCCCGGGCUCGCUCCCCGCGGCGUCCACCGCCGCCCGGCGCUUCGUCGGCUCGGUGUCCGCGAGCGAGAUCGAGCAGUCGGAGGACUACACGCGCAUCAUCGCGCGUGGGCCCAACCCCAAGACGACGCACAUCUUCGGCGACUGCAUCUUGGAGCCCCGCACGGUCGGGGGCGGUGGCGACCACGAGGCCGCCGCCAUGGAGUCCGAGGAAGGAGCCGCCGGGUGCUGCUACUUCGUGGUCAAGUCCGCCGCGGCCGGCGCCGAUGACUUCCUCAGCUCCUGCUUCGCUUGCAAGAAGAAGCUUGAAGGCAACGACAUUUACAUCUACCGCGGCGAGAAGGCAUUCUGCAGCGCGAAUUGCCGGGACCAGGAGAUCCAGCUGGAAGAGGAAGCCGAGAACAAGACGGGCAGCGUGUCCCCUCGUUCCUCCUGCUCCUCCUUCCACGACGACAUCUUCAUGGCCGGCAUGGUGGUCGCCAUAUGACCUCCACCCACCCACCCGGCCGGCCGGCCCACCGUCCCUCCCUCCUCCCUCCUUGCACGACGACAGUGGGACAGGCGAUCCUAGCCGCCGAUUGUUCACGGUUCAGUGCACAUCGCCGCCGCCGCCGCCGCCGUCGUCGUCAGUCUGUUGCUUUUGGUUCAGCAAACUGUACGUGUGACGGAGGGAGCCGAGAAGGAAGAAACGGUGCUCAUGGUGGGUCACUGUCGCUAGUCCUGGGAACCUGCGGAGAUCUGUUUUUUUUUUUUUUCUGAAAGAAAGAGAGAGGAGAGAGGAGAGAGGAGGUCGCCGACUCGCCGUGCCACUGUAGUUUUGAUGCAAAGGCUGCCGGCCGGCCGGGCAGUGGUGCCCGGUGCCCCAAUCAUCCCUUUCCUUGCUCGCUUUUUCUACUCGUAGCAGCAGUGACUGUCCGUGUCUGCGCAUCGCAUUGCCUGCCUUGCCACAUUGCCACCCCUGUGUCUCUGAGAUAAUGACAUCGAGCUGCUUUGAGUCAUUUCCAUUGCUCUUUUUC